AAUGAGUGCGGAGGAGAAUCCCGCUGCUGAACCUGCACCUGUGACCGACGUGCAGGGUGAUGGACGCUGGAUGUCACAGCAUAACCGGUUUGUGCAGGAGUGUAAGGAUGCAGAGCCUGAUGUUCUGUUUGUGGGGGACUCAAUGGUGCAGCUUAUGCAGCAGUACGAGGUUUGGAGGGAAUUGUUUUCCCCUCUCCAUGCUCUGAAUUUUGGGAUUGGUGGAGACACAACCAGUAAUGUGAUGUGGAGACUACAGAAUGGAGAACUGGAGAACAUCAGACCCCGAGUUGUGGUUGUAUGGGUAGGAACUAAUAACCAUGAGCACACUGCAGAUCAGGUUGCAGGAGGAAUACUCGCUAUUGCACAGUUACUUCUGUCUCGCCUCCCCAAGUCCAAAAUGAUUGUUUUGGGCCUAUUGCCGAGAGGAGAGUUUCCAAACCCCCUGAGAGAGAAAAAUGCAUCCGUGAACAAUUUACUUCGAGCAUCGCUCCCUCGACUUGGCCCCAUUCAGUUUCUCGACAUGGGGAGUAGUUUUGUUCACUCGGAUGGGACGAUUUCCUCUCGAGACAUGUUCGACUACCUGCAUCUCACCGCUAGUGCUUACAGGACCAUUUCAACAACUCUCCACGAGCUGCUGCUUCAACUUCUGGAGGAAACGCCUCAGGAGAGGAGGGCUUCACUGGUUUAAAAAGCCCACUUUGAUUCAUCACUGGAGAGGCAGCGUUUUAGAAAAGUUGCAUAUU